AUGAUUCUGAUAAACACAACCACAGUGAGUGGCUUCCUUCUACUGGGGUUCUCUGACAACAAGGAUGUACAGAUCCCACAAACUUUGCUCUUCUUGGUGAUGUAUCUGCUGGGCUUGGCAGGUAACUUCAUCAUCAUCACCAUCACAACACUGAAACAGCAGUUCCAAUCACCAAUGUAUUACUUCCUGAGGCACCUUGCCCUUCUUGACAUCUCCUUACUUUCUGUCACUGUCCCCCAGUCUAUCCACAAUUCCCUGACUGGCAGUGGAUACAUUUCCUAUGCUCAGUGUGUGCUGCAGGUUUUCUUCGUAUCCUUAGGUGGUGCUGAGUUGACCAUUCUCACGGUGAAGUCUUAUGACCACUAUGCAGGAACUUUGUACACAGCAACAACAUUCUCUAUGAGAUUGUGCAGGGGCAAAAUUAUCCACCAAUUCUUCUGUGAUGUUCCACAAUUGCUCAAACUCUCCUGUUCCAAUGAUUACCUUGGAGUGGUUGGUGUGGCUGCUUUUACGUCUUCUUUGGGGUUUGCCUGCUUCAUGGCCAUCAUCCUCUCUUAUGUCCAGAUAUUCUCCACAGUUCUCAAGAUACCUUCUACUGAAGGUAGGUCUAAGGUCUUUUCUACUUGCCUGCCCCACCUCUGGGUGGUCUCAUUUUUUAUGUCGACAGGCGCCUGUGCAUAUCUCAAGCCGACUUCAGACUCUCCAAGUGCUCUAGACCUCAUCAUCUCCAUUUUUACACAGUAUUACCCCCGACACUCAACCCUGUUAUGUACAGUCUGA